CAGACACAGCAGCACACCUUCAGAUGAGAUGAAGUAGCAGCAGAGACAGACGGAGACACAGUCUGCACCAAGGAUCCGGACUGGUUUUUCUUCAGGUGGGGGAGACAGGUGACCGACCCUCACACUCAGCCGGACAUUACUGCUGUUCCACCUCCACCCUCCUCCACAGUACAUGUUCCUUAACUACAUGCAUUUGGAGUCGAUCAUCUGAGCCAAGAUGGAAAAUGCGCACACCAAAUCUGCGUCCGAAGUUUUGGACAACUUCGGCGUGAACGAGAACACCGGGUUGACUCUGGAGCAAGUCAAAGUCAACGUGGAGAAAUACGGACCGAACGAGCUCCCAGCUGAAGAAGGCAAGUCCCUGUGGGAGCUGGUGGCGGAGCAGUUUGAAGACCUCCUGGUCAGGAUCCUGCUGGCUGCCUGCGUCUCCUUUGUGUUGGCUCUGUUUGAAGAGGGAGAGGAGACAGCCACCGCCUUUGUUGAGCCGAUUGUUAUUCUUCUUAUCCUCAUCGCCAACGCUGUUAUCGGGGUCUGGCAGGAGCGGAAUGCGGAGAAUGCCAUCGAGGCUCUGAAAGAGUACGAGCCAGAGAUGGGGAAGGUGUACCGCAUGAACCGCAAGGCUGUCCAGAGGAUCAAAGCCAGAGACAUCGUCCCAGGAGACAUAGUGGAGGUGGCAGUUGGUGACAAGGUGCCUGCUGACAUCAGAGUGACCUCCAUAAAGUCCACCACCCUGCGAGUGGACCAGUCCAUCCUCACAGGGGAGUCUGUUUCCGUCAUCAAACACACUGACCCGGUUCCUGACCCCAGGGCUGUCAACCAAGACAAAAAGAACAUGCUGUUUUCUGGCACAAACAUUGCAGCGGGCCGCGCCAUUGGUGUGGUUGUUGCCACCGGCGUCUCCACAGAAAUUGGUAAGAUCCGUAAUCAGAUGGCAGCUACUGAACAAGAGAAGACGCCGCUGCAGCAGAAGCUGGACGAGUUCGGGCAGCAGCUCUCCAAGGUCAUCUCCCUGAUCUGCGUGGCUGUGUGGGUCAUCAACAUCGGCCACUUCGGGGACCCCGUCCACGGGGGCUCCUGGGUCAGAGGGGCCAUCUAUUACUUCAAGAUCGCCGUGGCCUUGGCUGUGGCCGCCAUCCCCGAGGGCCUGCCCGCUGUCAUCACCACCUGCCUGGCCCUCGGCACGCGUCGCAUGGCCAAGAAGAACGCCAUCGUUCGCAGCCUGCCCUCCGUGGAGACGCUGGGCUGCACCUCUGUCAUCUGCUCCGACAAGACGGGCACCCUCACCACCAACCAGAUGUCAGUCUGCAGAAUGUUUGUGGCAGACAAGGUGGAAGAUUCAAGCUGCAGCCUUCACGAGUUCUCCAUAACUGGUUCUACAUAUGCCCCUGAGGGACAAAUACUGAAAGGAGACAGGCCCAUCCAGUGCGGAGACUUUGAUGGACUUUUGGAGUUGGCGACUGUGUGCUCUAUGUGCAAUGACUCUUCACUUGACUACAAUGAGGCCAAAGGGGUUUAUGAAAAGGUGGGUGAAGCCACAGAGACGGCUCUCACCACCUUGGUGGAGAAGAUGAACGUCUUCAAGACCGACCUGUCCGGACUCAGCAAGGUGGAACGCGCCGGUGCCUGUAACUCGGUGAUCAAGCAGUUGAUGAAGAAGGAGUUCACCCUGGAGUUCUCCCGUGACCGCAAGUCCAUGUCUGUCUACUGCACCCCCGUCAAGCCGGGCUCCCAGAGCAAGAUGUUCAUCAAGGGCGCUCCAGAGAGUGUGAUUGAGCGCUGUCAGUACCUGCGGGUGGGAACAGGGAAGGUGACGCUGACGCCAGCGCUGCGCGACCAGCUGCUGUCUAAGAUCAGGGACUGGGGGACCGGCAGGGACACCCUGCGCUGCCUGGCCUUGGCCACUCAUGACACCCCGCCGCGCAAAGAGAAUAUGGACUUGGAGAAUUCCAACAAGUUUGCAGAGUAUGAGUUGGGUCUCACGUUUGUUGGCUGCGUGGGCAUGCUGGACCCGCCAAGGAAGGAGGUGAUUGGCUCGAUAAAACUGUGCAACGAGGCGGGAAUCCGCGUCAUCAUGAUCACUGGGGACAACAAGGGCACGGCCGUGGCCAUCUGCAGACGAAUCGGCAUCUUUGGCGACGACGAAGAAGUGACGGGGAAGGCCUACACGGGCCGCGAGUUUGACGACCUCCCGCUGGAGGCCCAGAGAGAAGCCGUCAAACGGGCACGAUGCUUCGCCCGCGUGGAGCCCGCCCACAAGUCUAAGAUCGUGGGAUACCUGCAGGCGUUCGAUGAGAUUACUGCCAUGACAGGAGAUGGUGUGAACGAUGCCCCAGCCCUGAAGAAAGCAGAGAUCGGCAUCGCCAUGGGCUCUGGCACAGCGGUGGCCAAGUCGGCGUCUGAGAUGGUGCUGUCCGACGAUAACUUCUCCACCAUAGUGGCCGCUGUGGAGGAGGGCAGAGCCAUCUACAACAACAUGAAGCAGUUCAUCAGAUACCUCAUCUCCUCUAACGUGGGAGAAGUGGUCUGCAUCUUCCUGACCGCCAUCCUGGGCCUCCCAGAGGCUCUGAUUCCAGUCCAGCUGCUGUGGGUGAACCUGGUGACCGACGGCCUGCCGGCCACCGCCCUGGGCUUUAACCCCCCAGACCUGGACAUCAUGGACAAACCCCCCCGCAACCCCAAGGAGCCUCUCAUCUCCGGCUGGCUCUUCUUCAGAUAUCUGGCCAUUGGAGGAUAUGUGGGUCUUGGAACCGUGGGUGCUGCCACGUGGUGGUACCUGUUUGAUGAAGAAGGCCCACAAGUGUCUUUCUAUCAGCUGAGACACUUCAUGCAGUGUACCGAGGACAACCCCAUGUUCCAGGGCGUAGACUGCGAGGUGUUUGAAUCCCGCUUCCCCACCACCAUGGCCCUGUCUGUGCUGGUCACCAUCGAGAUGUUCAACUCUCUCAACAGUUUGUCUGAGAACCAGUCCCUGCUCAGGAUGCCUCCCUGGGUCAACAUCUGGCUGCUGGGAGCCAUCAUCCUCUCCCUCUCCCUCCACUUCUUAAUCCUCUACGUUGAGCCUCUGCCGUUGAUCUUCCAGGUGACCCCGCUGCGCUGGUACCAGUGGAUCGUGGUCCUGAAGAUUUCCAUCCCAGUCAUCCUCCUGGAUGAGGCACUGAAAUACAUCUCCAGGAACCAUCUAGAAGGUGAUGAGGAUAAGAAAUACCGGAGGAGGUGGCAGCAGCUGAACUAAGACCUCUCCCUCAACACACUCGCACACUUAGACACAUGUCUACCCUCUUCCCUUUAGGAGCUAGAGACCUUUCCUCUCCCCCUGUCCUCAUUCCCGAAUCCUGCAUGUCCAAAAAAAAACAACACAAAAAAACACACCACUAGCAAUGAGCAGGGCUCGCAUGAGAGCGAGUGCGCGAGAAAGAGUCGCAUGCAUGUUUUCCAGCGAGCAUGGCUUUGUACGAGUGUGUGAGUAAAUGAGCAGUGUGUGUGUGUGUGUGUGGGUCUGCGUGUGUGUGUGAGAACAGGUAGAUGCAGGCCCUGUCUUAAUAGAUGCAAGAGCUAGAAACAACUGCAGAGAAGAAGGGAGAAAAUAAGAUAAAACUGCCCAGGGCUCUUGCUUUUCUUUUUUAUUAGAUUUCUGCUCAUUGUUUUUUUUUUUGGCUGUACAGUAAAAAGGAGAGGGAGGACAGGGGAAUGGGGUUGAGAAUAACGAAGGGGGGUUGGGAGGGAGAUUAUAAAUUAGCAGAGAGACCAAAAGAGAGAUUGAGAGGCCUGCCGUGGAGAAGAGAACGGUGUCCACACCUGCAGAGGAAGAGCGUCGGCAUAAUGUGGAAGGUGAAAACAGUUGUGUGUGUGCGUGUCCGUGUGUGUGUCCACAUCCACAUAACAUGGAGGCACCACCCAGGCUUCUGCCACCCACACUACCGAUAGUGAGUUCAAGGCAGCUCCGCCUCAUCGGCACAACACAAAUUGUAACUAUGGCCAGUUUGCCACAGCGCUGCUCCUUCAUCGCCCCUCGUCUUCACUCUCCUGUUGGUGGAGUUUGAUGCCCGUCUUGCUCUCUCUGUCUCUCUUUUUUCCGGCUCUCUGUGGAGGAGCUCUUGAGUUGGAGAUGCCGCUCCACCCAAAGGUGUGAAUAGCUUUAUGCUGCUUGGCCGCUUCCUUUGCCCCUUGAAUUCGAGGAGCUGAGGUCAGCUCACGGACUUGGCAAACAUAAAAAUAAAAAUGUCAAACGGCAACAGAACCAGCAUAUUAGUAGAGUAGUCCGCAGCCAGUCCACCCAGCUGGUCCUGCUAAGCCUCACUUUAACGUCCAUCUGCUGUGGAGUUUUAGCUGUCAAACAUCUAAACUAAAGGAAGAUCGGAGCAGGAUGAAGAAGCUCCAUGACAUUUUGUACAUAAUAAUUAUCUGGGAGCAUCCUCUUGUUGAUCUACCCUUUUGAUUUAAUCAGUUAGUCCGUACCCUGCACCAGCGCUGACGUUUGUGUGUUUGUGUGUGUUACUUUAAUUAAUUUGUCUGAUUUGACUUGAUAGUGGACGAAUCGCACACAAUGUAGUUAAAGUAAGUUCUGGCAAGUAAACUGCUCGACUGUCAGUCUCACUUGGCCAUGAAUCAUUUACGCGUUUAGCACAUUCAACAUCCAUGCCUUAUAUAGCCCACUGCACCUCCACAAUGAAUAUGUGGUCGACAUGAAUGUGUUCCUGUGAGCCUUUAAUUAGGCUCAUCCAGGACCACCACCACUCUCACUCUAUAUGUACCCCAACAUGAGGUUCUUGGUUUGAGGUCUAAGAGACUCUGAAUGUCCCCCUGGUCAGAGGCCUGUUUAAUAGGAAUCCCUUCUUAUGUUGUGCUUCGUUUGCGCUCCCUCAGCUCCUCCUGCUCUCUGUGCUUCAGCGACUCACUUUCGUAUUGUUUUAUAAUGACUAAAUAGUAAUGUAUUUGACUGAAUGAACCUGCGGGGUUUGGAUUGUGUCUUUAAGUCUUAAUUCUGGGUUUAUGUGUUGGGCCCUGGGGCUCUGUGGACUGGGUUCAGUGGUGUCUCUGGUCUCUCGUUGUGUCCACAUGGUACAAAGUGUCAUAUUCAAACAAAAAUAAUCCUGCUGGGUCAAAAACAAUUCAAAGGAAUUUGAUAAAGCCACAAAAUCUUCAAGGCACCUUUUUAUUGACACAAUGUGCAGAUCUUUCUAUCUUUUCUUUCCUUUUCUUGCCUUCACACUAGUGUGACAUAGAAGAGCUUGGUUUAGAAUCUAAAAGGAAAAUCCAUCCUUAAACACUUCCAACAUUUUCGAGCAAUAGCAGAUUGGUCAUUAGACUGUAAAUAGUUGUGUUCAUGUAUUUUGUUGCCUGGUGACGUUUUACUUCUUACUCCAGAGGAUAACUAGCCAAACUUGGAUGGCAUGACAUCAUCGAAUGCAGAUAUUUCCAGUUCCACAUGCUCUCUGGGGUCAUUUUUGGAAAUGUACAGUAGGAAAUCACUCACUUAAAAGGGACAUAUCAUGAAAAACUCUUUCAGUGGUUUUGCAUACACAUUGGGUAUCUGGAGUGCCAACACACAAACUGUGAAAUAAGACUCGAUCAGAAGACAUGUGAUUCAACAAGCCAAUCACAUUGUCCCCCCCCCAUGACACGUCACAUGCGGGCUCGUCAGAAUGUAUCAGAGUAUCUCCAUCCACGGCUUGACAACUACCUUUUACAAAGGUGUGCCAUAUUAUUCUCUCAAGCCAAUCAGAUUAAACUUGGCUUUUUCGGGAGGGGGAUCUUAAAGAGACAGGCACUGAAACGGAGCAGUUCAGACAUAGGUUGAAUGCAGCUAUAUUCAGAUGGACAGUAUGAGACAAUUUUGUUUUUUGAACAUUAAAUAUGUUCUAGCAGAAGACUAAAAUACGUAUAGUAUGAACUUUGAGAUUAACAUGAUAUGUCCCCUUUAAGUAGAAGUUGACCCAGCAAACUGAGAGAAAGUUCCCUCUAAAGACAACACCAGAUUGAAAGAACUCCCGAUGUCAGUGUGAGAAGAUUUAAGGGUGGAAUAUUGCUUCUAAUUUUAUACCAGAAGACGGAUUUUGUCUAUAAGUAAUGGCUUGAUUCUGUCUCCAUUUGACAUUAAACAGCUGUUGCGUUACGUUUUUCUUUCACCAACAUGUGAAUGUGGCACCUCUGUCCAGACCAGCAGACCACUGGUCUCCGUCCCAGGUCUCCAUGGCUCUGUAACAUGCUGGCACUCUGGCCACCAGGCACUAUAGGUCUGUAUAGCCUCGUUAUUUACUACUGAAUCCUCAACUCUGUACAGAAGAUGAGAAUAUGAUCGCAUGGCACCUUGUUACUGUAAUAAUAACCUAUACAGUAUAUAAUAUUUAAUUUUUUGAUAACUUUCAUCAAUGAAACCUACUUACCAACAACACACAGACCUGCGAGAAACUGUUUUUCAUUUUUCUUUGAGCACAUGGUAUCUAAGGAUCUCCUUUUUUUGUUAUUGUUUCAUAGAAUAUAGAGGUUGUUAUUUCAUUUUUUUUCCCAUUUGGUUUUUACAGUUGCUGGGGUUUUGUGUCUUUUACUGUAGGGGGAAAAAAAAGAAUAUGACGUUAUCGUGUUUAAGAUAGACAAGAAUCAUGCUUAAGCUAAUUAAUGAUGAUGACGCCGAUCAUUUCAGUGAUGGUUAUCCACUGCGAGAAUGUUCAAGAAUUUGUGAAUGAACUUUGUUUGGUUUACACUGAGCGAUAAGCAGUGAUGGAUUAUGAAGUUUUAUGACUGUACAUUGAAGGGCUUGGUGUGGAUGCAGGCUCUGGAGACCCAGACAAUCCGUUUUGGGUCCCACAUCUCCUCUAGGAUGGCACUUAAAGUCCUCUACCAUCUGUUAAAGAAUAACCACCUUUACUGACAGUGAAGGAGUGAUCAGCCUCAUAUGUAUAACAUCGUUUUCUGUCUGUGUAGACAAGUUAACAGUCUCUAGAGCCUGAGUUCACCUCUGAGAAAAUAAAAAGGAUUCUCUGUAUUGCCUUGUUAAUAUUGAUUGUGGACACAUAAUUUUAUAAAUGACAAAGAUGUGGAAAUAAAGAUAAUUUAUCUUGUUAUUUA